AUGGUCGCCUGGAGAGCUGCUGGACUCAACUACGUCCGUUAUUCACAAAUCGCCGCACAAGUCGUUCGUCAGUGCACCAAGGGAGGCGCCAACGUGAAGAAGCCCCAAGCCACCUUGAAGACCACUGCUUGGGAGAAUGGAAAGAUGGUGUCCAAGUCUCAAUAG